CUGCUAAUUCUCUACCUAAAAGCUUACGCUCCAUGUGAUUUAGACCGGCUAAGAAAAGACAAAAAAGGGAAAUCCAUCACUACUAGCACUUCCUCCAGCCAACAUGGCAGAUUUCCCCCGCCUCCCGCCGUCCGGCAUCAAAGUGCUCGUCGUCGGCGCGGGCUUCGCGGGCCUGGCGGCCGCCAUCGAGUGCGACCGCAAAGGCCACUCGGUCACGCUCUUCGAGAAGGUGGACAACAUCGACGAGAUCAUGCGCAUCGGCGACAUCAUCAGCUUCGACCCCAACGGCUCCAAGGCCUUUGAGCGCUGGCCGGGCGUGGUCGAAGCCAUGGAGGCCAUCGCGCGCCAGACCUCGUGGCUCGACCUGUUCCACCACCAGGGGAAAUUCGUCACGCGCCAGUCGUUCGCCCACGAGAAUGCCUGGGGGAGGCGCAUCAACGGCCACCGCGGCCAGCUGCAUAACAUCAUCUACCGCCAUGCCGUGGCCAGGGGCAUCGACAUCCGGCUCGGGAGCAGGGUGGAGGAUUACUUCGAGACCGACUACCCUCCGCAGGCGGGUGUGGUGGUGAAUGGGCAGAGGAUUGCCGGAGACGUGGUCAUUGCUGCCGAGGGCGUGCGGUCGCGCGGGAGGAAGAUCGUGCUGGGCUUUGACGAGAACCCCAAGUCAUCCGGGUAUGCCGUCUACAGGGCCUGGUUCCCGGCGGACCGGAUCCGGGACAACCCCGUGAUUCGGCACCUAGUAGUGAAUGGCGAUACGCACCAGGGGUUUAUCGGGCCCGACAUCCACUUCCUCGCGUCGAGUAUCAAGAACGGGACCGAAGUCAACUGGGUAUUCACGCAUAUCGAUGACGGGAAUAUCGAGGAGAGCUGGCAGUUCCCCGGGAAGCCGGAAGAGGCGCUGAAGUACCUUGAGGGGUGGUGUCCUGUCGUUCGGGAACUUGUCAAGGCAACCCCCGACGGGCGGCUCAUCGACCACAAGCUCGUCUACCGCGACCCGCUACCGACCUUCAUCUCGCCCAAGGCUCGCAUUGCCCUCAUCGGCGACUCGGCACACCCGUUCCUGCCAACAUCCAUCCAGGGAGCCAGCCAGUCGAUCGAGGAUGGCGUGGUCCUGGCGACCUGCCUGGAACUGAGCGGCAGGAAGAACAUCCCGACAGCACUGCGAGCGUAUGAAAAGUUGCGGUAUGAGAGGGUGCAUCGCGCGCAGGCCACGGGCCCGCAGACGAGGGAGCGCUGGCACAAGGCGGAUUGGAGCAAGGUGUGGAAGAACCCCGAGAUGAUCCACCUGGUUAGAGAGCCGUGGCUGCUGAACUUCGAUGCGGAAAAGGACGCUUAUGAGAGGUAUAGCCUGGUCGCUGCCGAACUGGACCGGACGAGGGCCAGACUGUAGCAGUGAACUUGGGCCGGUUCAUGUUUCUAUCCGAGCAUAGACUCUGCUGUCCGGCAAUAACUGCCACAUCAGUACUGUUUCCUCAUCAGGAGAUAAUCCACGACGCUUCGGUCGAAGAUCCCCUCCCUGACCAGUUGCCGCGCCGAUUCAACCACCCACGUCUGGCAGUUCCGCUGCGUGAUUCUCUGCUUCCUGUCAACCUGGACACGCAGUCAGUCAGUCAAUAACCUAAACCCCUACCCUACAAACCAUAACCCUCAGUAGAAGACUGCAGCCUGGAGUGACAAGGAGCGGGAGUUGGCCGCAGUUGGUACGGAG